ACUACAGAGAGCAGCACCAUGGGUAAGGAGAAGAUCCAUAUUAACAUCGUGGUGAUUGGCCACGUAGAUUCGGGCAAGUCGACCACCACUGGCCAUUUGAUUUACAAAUGCGGCGGAAUCGAUAAGCGUACAAUUGAGAAGUUCGAGAAGGAGGCCCAGGAGAUGGGCAAGGGCUCGUUCAAGUAUGCCUGGGUGCUCGACAAACUGAAGGCUGAGCGCGAGCGCGGCAUCACCAUUGAUAUUGCCUUGUGGAAAUUUGAGACGGCCAAGUAUUAUGUGACCAUCAUUGAUGCGCCCGGUCACAGGGAUUUCAUCAAGAACAUGAUUACCGGUACUUCGCAAGCCGAUUGUGCCGUGCUGAUUGUAGCUGCCGGCACUGGUGAAUUUGAGGCUGGCAUCUCGAAGAACGGCCAGACGCGUGAGCAUGCGCUGUUGGCCUUCACGUUGGGCGUUAAGCAGCUGAUUGUGGGCGUCAACAAGAUGGAUUCCACGGAGCCACCCUAUAGCGAGGCACGCUAUGAAGAAAUUAAAAAGGAGGUUUCCUCGUACAUCAAGAAGAUUGGCUACAAUCCGGCCUCGGUUGCGUUUGUGCCCAUCUCAGGCUGGCAUGGCGACAACAUGCUUGAGGCAUCCGAGAAGAUGCCCUGGUUCAAGGGCUGGACCGUCGAGCGCAAGGAGGGCAAGACGGAGGGCAAGUGCUUGAUUGACGCGCUGGACGCGAUUAUGCCGCCCCAGCGGCCCACUGACAAACCGCUGCGCCUGCCUCUGCAGGAUGUCUACAAGAUCGGUGGCAUAGGCACAGUACCAGUGGGUCGUGUGGAGACUGGAGUUCUUAAGCCUGGCAUGGUGGUAAACUUUGCUCCUGUUAAUUUGGUUACUGAGGUCAAGUCUGUGGAGAUGCAUCACGAGGCAUUGACCGAGGCUAUGCCGGGCGACAAUGUCGGCUUCAACGUUAAGAACGUCUCGGUUAAGGAGUUGCGUCGUGGCUACGUGGCUGGCGAUUCGAAGAACAAUCCACCACGAGGCGCGGCCGAUUUUACUGCUCAGGUAAUUGUGCUCAAUCACCCUGGGCAGAUUGCCAAUGGGUAUACCCCUGUUUUGGAUUGCCACACGGCACAUAUCGCAUGCAAGUUUUCCGAGAUCAAGGAGAAGUGCGAUCGCCGUACGGGCAAGACCACCGAGACCGAACCGAAGGCCAUCAAAUCUGGGGAUGCAGCCAUCAUAUUGCUGGUACCCACUAAGCCAUUGUGCGUUGAAAGCUUCCAAGAAUUUCCGCCGCUGGGACGGUUCGCAGUGCGCGAUAUGCGUCAAACUGUAGCGGUCGGUGUCAUCAAAUCGGUGAACUUUAAAGAAACGACCUCGGGCAAAGUAACAAAAGCCGCUGAGAAGGCACAGAAGAAGAAAUAACUAGGGUGUCAGCAGAAUUGUAAUUCAAAUAACAACAUAAACAAUAACAACAACAAAAACAACAACACUCAAACACUCAAACAGCAAACGGCAAAAGCAACAAGACACUUAAAAUUUAUAGUAUCUACUCAUCAUAGACGAGCAAAUCCGAUGCAAGGGCUUGACACAAAGUCCGUGGCGUAUAAAACUUCAUCAACUAAAACUAUUAACCGCUGCAUUCAUAUAUUAUAUAAACUUGAACUAUUGCAAUUUAUUAUAGACACACACACAAUUAGUAGUGAGGCAAUGCCAAUGGUUCGAAUCGCCCUCGCUGUACGUAACGAGACCCAGACGAAAGGACACAUUGGUCACCUAGAAUUAUUCUCCCACGCGUACUCAAAAUCUGUCGCCAUCAUAUUCAUAAUUAUCAUAUACUAUAGCUAUCUCAACUUGUUUCGCCACCGCAAAUCGUUUCGCAGGAAACAGUCCCACUUUCAAGAUCAUAAUAAUAAUCGGAGUGUAUUAUUCGCCACUGGAGUUUGCUGCUAGCCCGGCACCCCCUCUAUACACCACCACCCUCUAUACUUGCUCCUCAUUUAUCACAUACGCCAUAAUUUCAAUCAAUGGAUUUUAAACACUUUUUAUACUUUUGAUAAGUCAGUCGGAGGCAUUCGAUUUAAAAUCUAUAUAUUAUAAAAGUAAUUUUCAGAAUAUAGUUUUAAACCACUCUGCAUCUUACCAACCUUAAAA